CCCCCCCGUUCUUUUCACCUGACGCGCGCGCGAUUCUUUCAUUCUUAUUAGGCGAACGCUUCUCUCAUUGGCUGCCUCGAGUCGCUCUUUUGCAUUCCAGUCGGUGGAAAUUUCCGUCUCCCGCCGCGCCAAGCCAAUGGCAAGCCCGCGAGCCCCUCAUCCAAUGGUAGCCGAGGCUUCUGGCUGUUGUGGUUCGCGAGGGCCGCGCACGUGGUCCCGUUAUGUAAAAGGUAGGGUGAAGAAGCGGCUCCCGGCCUCGCGCGUGUCUCGCGAGCCUGCGCAGGCGCGCCAGUUCAAGGAACGACCGGCGCCGCCGCCGCGCCGUGAGGAAGAAGGACAGCGGUCCGGAUUGCCCCCCGCUCUCGCCCCCUCUUCUUCGAGCCGUCAUGAAGCAGCAGCAGCAGCCAGUCAUGUCGGCGGCCAGUACGGGCGCCGCUGCCACCGCCGCCGCCGCGGCCACGGCAGUCCCGGCCUUUCUAAGUAAACUUUGGGCUCUGGUGGGCGACGCGCCCAGUAACCAGCUCAUCACCUGGAGCCAGAAUGGCCAGAGUUUCCUCGUAUUGGAUGAACAAAGGUUUGCCAAAGAGAUUCUUCCAAAGUACUUCAAGCACAACAACAUGGCAAGCUUUGUGAGGCAGCUAAAUAUGUAUGGUUUCCGUAAAGUGGUCCAUGUGGAUUCUGGUAUUGUUAAAUUGGAAAGAGAUGGUCCUGUUGAGUUCCAACAUCCCUAUUUCAAACAAGGACGGGAAGACUUACUGGAACAUAUUAAAAGAAAGGUUUCUUCCACAAAGCCUGAAGAAAAUAAAAUUCGCCAAGAAGAUCUGUCUAAAAUUAUAAGCAGUGCUCAGAAGGUUCAAAUUAAACAAGAAACCAUUGAAUCCAGACUUUCUGCACUUAAGAGAGAAAAUGAAUCUCUUUGGCGAGAGGUAGCAGAAUUGAGAGCAAAACAUCUACAGCAGCAACAAGUUAUUCGAAAGAUUGUGCAGUUCAUUGUUACUCUCGUUCAGAAUAAUCAGCUUGUGAGUCUGAAACGUAAACGCCCACUGCUUCUGAAUACUAAUGGGGCUUCAAAGUCUAACUUAUUUCAGCAGAUAGUCAAAGACUCAUCAGAAAACAAACAUCAUCUUGUAAAUGGACAGGUUUCACAUAACAGGAGUGAUGGUUUAAAGCAAAGAGACCAACUGUCAGAUGACAUUAUUAUUUAUGACGUCACUGAUGAAAGUGGGGAUGAAGAAAAGGCACCUGUUACUCCAGAAACCAGUGAAGAUACGGUUUCAGAUUCAAACUAUAGCCCUGACAUUGUAAUAGUAGAAGAUGAUAAUGAGGAUGAAUAUACACCUAUAAUUCAAGAAAAUACAAACACUGAACCAGUUGGUAUUUCCUCUGAUGAAUCGAUGAGUCCUUCCUCUAAUGGUGCAAACCCAUUAAUGUCUAGUGCUGUUCAGUUAAACAACCAAUCGACUUUAACAGCAGAGGAUCCAGUGUCAAUGAUGGAUUCUAUUCUUAGUGAAAAUGGAGUGAUCUCACAAAAUAUCAACCUUUUGGGAAAGGUGGAACUCCUGGAUUACCUUGAGAGCAUUGAUUGCAGUUUAGAGGACUUUCAGGCCAUGCUGUCAGGACGGCAGUUCAGCAUAGAUCCAGAUCUUCUGGUGGAUCUUUUUUCAAGUUCCGUACAGAUGAACCCUACAAGUCAUAUCAGUAGUACAAAAAUGGAAGCAAAGGGAAUUGAAACAAUGAAAAGUAAUAGUCCACAAGAAGACUCACAAAAUGUGCCUAAUUCAAACCCUGAAACAGAUAAACAGCUCAUUCAAUAUACUGCUUUCCCUCUCCUUGCACUGUUUGAUGGAAACCCAAGCACAGCAACAGAGAGUACACAAGAAACCACAUCUUCUGUAGAUAAAUCAAUAGAAGUGGAUGAACUCCUCGAAAGUAGUUUGGAUCCUCAACCAACCCAAAGUAAACUUGUUCGUCUGGAACCUCUAACAGAAGCAGAAGCCAGUGAAGCUACCUUAUUUUAUUUGUGUGAACUUGCUCCUGUGCCAAUGGACACUGAUAUGCCAUUGUUGAACAACUAACCCAAUAUGUUACAAUAAGACAAACUAUUUAUUUAGGUUGUGUUGGGGGGGGGGGGUGUCUAUCUUUUGUAAACAUUUUUUUGUGAAAACAGCUAAUGGGGACUUGAAAAGAUUCUAUUGCUUCUACAAAAUCAGAGCAGUUUAUAAAUAUUUACACAAAAUAACAAUUCACACACACUAAUUCAUUAUAUUCUAGUGCCGUUGUACUUUGAAGUACCAACUAUCUUCUGAAUACGUAUAAUCAGAUGCUCUGUAUUAACCACUAUAGUAUCUCUUGUUCACUUUUGGUCCUAAUGUAUGACUGAUGCAUAUUAUUAUUUUUUUUACUUUUUGAUGGAGGUUAUAGAUUUCCAAGUUCUAUUCAUUAUUUUUUUAUUUUUUACAACCUUGUUUAAAUAAAACUGUUAGGGGGACGAGAACUUAAUGUAAUAUGUCACUUAACUUCAUAUCUUUUAUUUAAGCAUUAUGUAUAUUUUAGGGAUGCUAGAAUACAAAGGAAAGAGAUUGGGGAAAGAGAAUGACUGAUUCCCAGAGUGGGUUAACCUUUUCAACAGAAAGGAGUUCUGCAUGAAGAUACUUCUGGUUGUAGGAUAGAGGAUCAACCUAGUCUAAAAAAAUAGAUUUUAACCUCAGCUGUACCAAUAUCUAUAUCAUAAGUGAAAGCCAUUUCUUAGUGGAUCAUCUUCCCAUUUCAUUAAAGCCCUGCUACUGGAAAGUUUGAGCCACUAUCAUGAGGCAGAUGUCGGGGCGUGAAUGGCCUGAAUUCGGGGGCCCUAAGGUAAGCCAGUGCGUGGGGCAGCUCCACUGCCUCUGCCUUGGGCGAUGGCACUAGUGCACCAUGUGGCUGCCUGCACCACCAUGAGCAAGCAGAAGUGGGUCUCCCAUGUACUGGUAUUAUUAAACUACAUGGGAGGUGGAAAUAAAGACACCCCCAGAAAAUAAGCCCCAGUGCUUAUUUUGGGACACAAAAUAAGACCCAGGUCUUAUUUUGGGGAAAACACGGUAGCGAGGUACUUGGCACACUCUCCACUAAAUAAACUAUGAUUGCAGUGAAUUCCUUAUGUACGCAGUGAGGACAGUUGUGCUUGUAAUACAGAAGGAGCAAUCAAUGCAAUUUAGUUUUUAUGCCCCUUUUUCCAAUGAGAAUGAAUUUUCACCUUUUAAUAAAAGUUCAAGUUACAUUGUUAAACUGUUUAGGAAGAUUGUGAAUAGAGCUAUUAUAGCAUUGCACCUGCAAAGUGACUUAAAAACUAAAAUAUAUGUUAAUAAUGCACACUUAAGUUUUCAUUUCUGAGACUUUGUAGUAUAAAAAGUAAGUAUGGAGUAUUAUAUUAUUUAAAAGUAUCCUAUCCAACAUACUUCUAGUGAAAUUCAAGGUGCUGAUGGAUACCUUUAAAGCCUUUCUAUUGCUUGGGGGCAUCUAUCCCCAGUAGUGUGUAUCUGUCCUGUGAGAUCCAGCAGAAGCAAAAUGAUCCAGGUCCCAACUAUGAGAGAGUGCCAUCUGGCAGAGCCCAGGAAGAGUCUUUUGUACCAUGGUGCUUACAGUUACAUUAAAGUAAUCCGAAAGGUUCACAUUAAAAGCGGUAUCGAGUUUAAAUAGCCAGUAUGAAUGUUUUAUUUAUAGCUACAGCAUAUACACUCAAAAUGACUAAGCAGUAAUUGCAUUUAAGUUGAACUUCAUCAGCCUGUGUAUUACAGUGGAUAAAUUUAAACAAUUACAAAUGCUCAGGAAUUUCGAGAAGAUACCUGCAGUUGAAACUGAACUAGAGAAAUCUGACAUUGGGAGCAAUGGGUAAUGUAUUUACACUUCAAACAAACAAAAAACAGAAGCUGAGUAUUUCAAAGUACUUUGCAAAGCAGGACCAAUAGUUUCUAAGUAUACAGCCCUAAAAUUUUGCACUUGUAAAGACUGCCUGCACUGCACCCAACGGGACUAGUAGCAAGAGGUGACAUAAAAAUACUUAAAAGUUCUUCAAUGUCCUAUGCAAAAAAAAACAUGGCAUCACUGUAAAACGCUCAGCUUCUUAAUGCAAAUGUUUUUCAGGAUAAUAUCUGCCAAUACAUCCAGGGAACUGCUAUUAAAAGGAGUUUCAUUUACUUGCAAUCUAAUGAUCACUAAGCCAAAAAGAGUAGUGUUCCUACCUGUUUUGUCCUAUUUUAAUAUUUUAUCAGCAUUUCCUAUAUUAUGUUCAUUACUAGCAAAGAAAAACUUGACAGUCUUAGUGGUUUGAAUUGCUUUCCAGCGGCCUAAUAAUACCUUUAAAUAUAGUGUGUUUUAAACUCAGUGGAUUUAAAAAUAACUUCAGUGACAUGCAGUUGACUAAUACAAUUGAUGCAGCGCCCACUUCAAAGACAAUGUGUACAAAAAUGCAACGACUUCAUGAUUGGAAAAUUCAAGUUUUUCCAUCCAUUUUAAGUAAAACUAUGAAUAUUAUAGAUUCUUUUAAAAUAAGUGGUAAUUAAAUUAAACUUUACAGAGAAACACUCUGCAAGAAGCAAAAAAUUAAUUUCUUAGAUGCUUGUGUGACAAAUGUAUCAAGUCCUAAAUAGGAUGGCUAUUGGUGCAGAAAGUUUAAAAGGAAUAACUUCAGUGAAAAUAGCUUCUGAAUUAUAAAUGCAAUCAAUCUAUUGGUUAUCCUUGCUUUGUUCUUUUCCCUGUAAAAGUAAAGUUAAUCCCUCUGCACAACAGUUUCAAAGGAAAGGCAAGGAUAAUCCAACAAAUUAAUGCCUUUAAACUUUAAAUGCCUUCAGCUAUUU